AUGUCUACGCAUGAGUGGCAAGCACCGGGUCCGGAUGAUAAAAGGUCACCAUGCCCCGCAUUAAAUACUUUAGCUAACCAUGGAUAUCUACCUCGUGGUGGAGAAAAUAUCACGGGGCAUGGUACUCCAUUAGCUUUUG